CCAGGGUCGGUCUGGGAUAUAGUGAGGUAACAUUGGCUCUUUGGUGUUUAAGGGGCGUCAUUCAAGACAGGUGGCACAUUUACCAACAAUGUCCUCAAUUUGUUUGCACAUUCCGGGCCAAAACAAAAUGUGUGUGCUCCGUGUGCUCUGUUUUCACUUUUCCAAGCCCAUCUGUCCAGCAUGGAUCUUUGUCAAAAUCUCUUCUCUGAGACUGGCCAUCCAUAAUGUAUGACUUUCCUCAGCUGUGUGCGUUAUGAGCCCUUUUCUGUUUCUUCUCGGAUCUCCUUCAGUUUUGUGUCACUAACUGUUCCUUCACUUCGAAUGGACUGGGAGUCUACAAACUUACCUGACUCGUGGCAAAAGUUCAAACAGCAUGUGGAGCUAGCACGGGUUCUCUGAAGAGGAGAAGAGGAAAAGUGCAGCUUCCUGCUCCUCUGGACGGUGAAAAAGUGAGAGACAUUUACAACACAUGGACACUUACCGAGGCUGAAUCAAAGGUACUGAAAACAUACUACAACAAUUUUGAAGCACAUGUUGUGCCGAAGACCAAUACGAUUUUCGCUAGGUACAAAUUCCAUGAGAAAGUACAGGGAGCUAACAAAUCAUUAGAACAGUUUGUGACUGAGCUGUGUCUACUUGUGAAAAACUGUGAUUAUGCAAACAAGGAUGAGAUGGCGAGGGACCCUAUUGUAUGUGGAAUACACUCACGUGCUCCAACAAGUCGGUCUGUGUGUUCCUAUUGGCUACGUACACUGACGGACAGCCCACAGAGAAUGCUGAAUGGUUCUGUAAGUGGCUGGAGGAGGCAUCCACUGACUUCAGAUAUGGGAAAACCUACCUGAAAGGACUGAGAUGUGCAAUGUUUGGCCUGGGUAACUCUGUGUAUGGCAGCCACUACAAUAUGAAUGUGGACAAGUGGCUGUGGAUGCUGAGCGGCAUCUGUGUUCUGUCCAGAGGAGAUGGCAACUGCAAAGUUGUGAAGACCCAUAAUGGCAGCGUGCAGGCUGACUUCCUGGUCUGGAAGACCAAGUUCCUGAACUGCAUACAGGCCCUGGUUGCAGGACAGAAUAAGGCCUGUAGUGGAAACUGUAAGACGGACGGCUCUUGUAAGACCAGGAACAGGAAGGAACCACAGGAGAAGACUGAGGAUGACCAGGCAUAUCCAGAACAGCUCAGCUCUGAGGAGGUGCUGGUAGAGUCCAGUAGUGAUGAGGAGACAACUGGGUCAGAGGUGAAAGACCCAGGCUCGGUCAUCAAUGUGGAGAAUCUAGGAAACAUGAAUGGCAUCAAGAAAGCCAAGGCCAUUCAGACACAAACCAUACUCUGGGUUUUACACUAGCAUACUACUUAGAAUUAUGCAAUGUAAUAGGCAUGUGUUAAACGAGGUUUGCUAGUAUGGACAAUUGAUUGGAACAUAGCCAUGGUUUCAGUUUCAACAUAGUUCAUGGUACCCUAUCUGUGAGGCUGAAGGGUAACCAUAGCAUUUUCUAACCUCCUACCAUUGCUCCAUAAGCCAUUGUCAUGACGUUGUUCUUGGGGUAGGUUUAUGACAGUCAUAAAUACCUCUACCCCCCUUUUUCCUCUCUCUACCCUACUGAUGUUACAUUUUAAAACCCUUGGUUAACAUAGAGAUUCUGGGAACAUCAGAAGGUGGGGGAAAUGAACUAUAUUCUGGUAAUCCGACCAAUUGAACAUAUGCGGUGGUACUUAAUGAAUAUGAUGUCAGAAUAUGAUGUCAGUUCAGUUGUCAUCUCAUCAAUCGGAGACAUUCUCAUCAAUAAUAAGAUGACAAACUCUACAGUGGAAAGUCUACACAUCAGAGUUAUCGGAUUCACAUGGAAUUGUUGUUCAAUGUAAAUGUUUGAAUAUGAAAUUAUUCGUGAUGGGAUGAAAUGUGAUUUUAGCUUCUAAAAUGUGAGAAUUGGGUUAGGGCUCUGCUCAAUCAGUGGCCCGUCCCUGUGAAGAGUCAUGGGUUAUACAACUUUUCAGACACAUCCUUCCCGUUCCACUAUAUAAAGCCUUGACAAAAAUGUAACCUCCUAUUCCGAGGAUGUGAGGACGACGGUCCGAUGUCAGAAUGGUUCAGAUAAUAACUACAGAACGAAGCCAACAUCAGCGUGAGCUUGGGUUGCGAAUGGUAUGAACUUUGAACUCUUAUUCACUACAGAAGUGAUACCUCCUAGCCGUUGAGUUAGCAACAGCAGCUGCAAACGAGGUUAGGAAGGAACAGACAGAGUAUCCCGUCUAUCACACAACGACGUUACUACAACGUAUCCUAAUGACCACCAGAGACAUUCUUCAAAGGACUCGGUUUGGCAACACGGCCUUCCAUCUACCACCAACCUACCGAAGCACAGCUCAAAUAUUUAUUGCAUUUUCCUUUUCCAAAUGAGCGGUAAUUUAGAAUGCAUAAGAUACUGUAUUUACGAUAGCACAGCUUCUUCCUUUGUUACUUAGUCUUCCCGCUCUUUCACUCAAACCCAGCCCCCUUUCUUUUGUGUAACCAGCUGUCAUAUCUGUUCCACCCGCUAGGGACGUUUUCCUUUAUGACGUAAUUUGUAAUCAAGUUGUGAUUAAUUAUGUGUAUGUGUAAUUCUGUGUGAUUAGUUAGGUAUUUAGUAAAUAAUUAAU